AUGGCAUCCCCAUCGGCGUCGCCUUCUGCUGGGACAGAGUCUCGCGCCAACAUUCCCUCUGUCCCAGCAGCUUGUCUUGCUUGUCGUGGUAAGCAUCUUAAAUGCGACGGCCAGAACCCCUGUUCUCGCUGCACCAGCUCCAAUUCAGAAUGCAUCUACGUCGCCUCGCGACGCGGUUACAAAGGCCCGCGUCGCGAAUCUACCAGCAGCACAGAGGGCCCAAUGUCCCUUGCGCCCGCGACUUCAGUCUCGAUGAGAUCCAUCACUUGCUUGAACCCUGCUCUAACCGAUGACCUUGCGGCGUCUCCUUUUUCUACUUCUCUCCUUGAUCCCGCCCUGACUUCCAAUGGCAAUGGCAACAGCGACAUCUCACUCUUUCGUCCUUAUGGCAUGACAGAUGGAGCUGCGAUCGAGGCAUCAGAGCUGGCUUUGAGCCACCACCAGGGUGUUGUUCCUGCACAGGUCCCUAUACCAACACCAGCUGAGCGUUGCCUCGACUCAUUUUACCACCACUUUCAUGCCGCCCACCCUUUUGUGUUGCCCAAGGAGUAUCUCCUUCGCAUCGCUAAAGAGACCACCCUUGAGCCACUAUUGGCUGCCAUGCGCUGGAUCGGCUCGCUUUACAUCGAGGCGUGUCCACAUCGUGCCAGUUUCUUCCAAGAAGCCCGCCGUCUUGCGUACGAUUCUAAUCGUUCUAAGGACGGAUUCUUGGUGCAAGCCCUGCUGCUUCUCCUGAUUGGUCUUGAUGGACAAGGCCACCAAGACAAGGCACGGGAGAUUUUGGCCGAUGCUGAGCGCCUGGCUGUUCGAAUUGGGCUCAACACCCGCCCGUUUGCUACCCUUCAUGGCCGCGGAAUGGCGGUGCUUGAAGAGAGUUGGCGACGGACGUGGUGGGAUCUCUAUGUGGUGGACGGAAUGAUUGCCGGCGUUCAUCGCAGCACCAAUUUCCUCCUCUUUGAUGAACCCUGUGAUGUCGCGUUGCCAUGCGAGGAAUACCAGUAUCUUUCAGGAGACAUACCGCAGCCCAUGUAUCUUGAAGACAUGGACGAUAUCGAUUUUUCGGGCGAGGAUCGCGAGUUUUCAUCCUUUGCCUACCGUAUUCAAUGUGCUCGAAAUCUGGGGAAAUUUAUGAGAGUUCCUCCCAUCUACGGGCCCGACGACGAGAAUCUUGCUCGCAUCGAAACGCUCCUUACCAACUGGCGCCUGCAUCUCCCAGCAUCGAAACAGGAUUCCCUCGGCAAAGACGGCCGUCUAGACGAAAUGAUGUUUCAAGCUCAUAUGAUGAUGCAUGCCACAUCGAUUCUUCUUCAUCAGCCACACUCACAGUUAGACUCUUCUUCGACUCGCCCGGUCAACUCUUGCGCGCCUCACGCCCCUGUUCCCUCUGGCGAUGCCUUCAACGCCCACACCAAACACACGAUCCAGUCGGCGGGCGAGAUCAGCAAGUUGAUCACCCAACGCGUUUCGCUGCUUUCUCACACGCAUUUCUUUACCUGCGUGAUUACGCUUUCUUCCAUUGUGCAUCUGAGCAAGUGGGCUCUCUUCUUUGUUCCUCACGACGACGACAACCUUCGCCAGCAGAUUCGCCUCAACAUCGGGGCCCUUUCCAAGAUGUCUCUAGUUUGGGGCAACGCCGACCGCGCCGGACGCCAGGUCAAAGGUGUUGCGCAGGAGAUUUACAGGGCCAAGAAGCAGCAGCAGAUGACACCCCAGUACUGGCUCGGUCUUUCUCAAGAGGAGGUUUUGAAUAGCAUUGCGGCCGACGAUUCUAUCAUCAACGAGAUUGAAAACAUGCAGAGCAUGCCAGCAUUGUCAGGCAUGAUAGGUUGA